UAACUGGUGUGUGGCUCAUAUACAUUUGCUCAUAUACACUGGAAGUGAGUCACAUCUCAUUUAUUCAGGAUCUAGAACCAAAAGGAAUUGAAGGUCUGAUCUUAAAGAAAUCAGGAGGAAACACAUUCCCUGUGUGUUACUGGUGUGGAUCCAACAGCGUCUGUUACUGGUGGUCCAAAAGAUGGCUGGUGGUAAAAGACUCCUUUGUUCUCUACAUGAGGCCAGAGGAUGGCCAAGUAGGCACCGUGAUUCUAUACGAUAAGGGAUUUCACAUCAAAAUAGGGACCCGGGAGACCGGAGUCAGGCAUGGAGUCACGAUUGAGAGUCUUUGCAGGCAG